AUGAAGCUCGGACGUGGUAUUAAUAUUGAGCACAUUAAGCGCAUGACGCUGCGUACGGUGAGGGAGAGAACUGAGGGACAAUCUGAGACGCUCACGUUUCUGGAUGCACUUGAGCGUAACGACUUUGAUGAGGCACAGUGCAAACGUGAAGCCCGUCAGAUGAUGCUUGUAUUGGACAAAAAAAGAAAACGCCGCGCUGCUGAGCAUCGUUCCACGCUUAAUUUUCAUGUAAUUCGCAUGAUGAAACGUCACCACGAUCCACGUUGCUAA